GAUUAGUUUUAGGGGUGGCCAAUGGUAGUGUAGGGUGUGAGAUAGGCUUGCUGUGUCCCAAGGAACAGGGAUUGGAAUUGCAGGGAUGGGGAUAUGGACGGGCAUUGGUAGUGUGGGGUGUGUGAGUCCUAUGGUCCUAUGUGCGAUGAUCCUCAGGGGGGCUACUGCAGGUGACCCGCCUUGGACCAUGUAACAACAUGUAAGGAGAAUUCUGCUUGCUUGUGAAAAAACUCCAAGAGAACAGGACAAGAGUCGUGUGACCUCAGCCCUCCAAGUAUAAAAUUGUUUUCGAAAUGUGCUUUCAUGCCCCUCCCAGCUGUAGAACGAAAACAAGAAGCACAAUGCUGAGUGUGAACAGCAGGGCUGACUGGAGCCAGGAUGUCAACUUCAGAUCCGAGGCACAGCUGGAGUUCUGUUCCUGGUUCCCUGUCUACUGUAGUCAUCUGUGUGCUGCGGGAUGCUCUGCAGGGGAUCAGCAGCUUUCAGUGGAGACUGUGCAGGGACCAGAGUGGGCUGUGAGUUGCCAGCACUCUCGCCCUUUACAGUGGGAAGUUAUGUGUGGCUGGAGUAGGAGCCAGCCUUAAAAAGCAAAGGGAUUCUGACAUACAGUACAACAUGAUUGAAAUAGCUUGUUGAGCAAGGUAUGCCAGUCAUAACAGAUAAACGCUAUCUGUUUCUACAUACAGUUACCCUAGUGUAGUCAAAUUUAUAGAAGUAGAAAAUAGAACAGUGGAUGCCCUAGCCUGGCAAGAGGGAUACAGAGUUAGUGUGUAGUAGGAAAGAGUUUCUGCUUCGGAAGUGACAGUUCUUGGGAUGAGUGGUGGAAGUGGUUACACAAGAUGAAGAUAAUGAAAACCACUGGGCCAGGACUGAAGAUCGGGUCAGAAGGGAAGGAGCCACAGAAUGAUGACAACAUACAAAGGUUCCAAGUAGUCUGAGGAGCUGCUUGGAGGUAUCAUAAGGCUGGCAGUCUUCCAAAUUUGAAGUUUUACAAGGAUUAAGAAAGGAGUCAGAUGGGCAAGACUUCACAGAGGAAGCAAUGUGACUGUGAGAACCUAUCAAAGCCAAAGCCUUGUUUAAACACCUCAAUCCCCUUGAGAAUGUCUAGUUAUACAUUCAAGAGGCCAGUCACUAGAAUCACAUCCCAUUCUGGCAAUGAGGUAAGAUAUCAUCAUUGGGAGGCGAGCCUGGACAAGCCCCAGCAAGCCUGCUGGCAGAAGAGACUACAAGGAUUCCAGGCCUACAGCAGUGCAGGAGAACUUUUGACCACUUCAGGACUAGCCAAAGCUCUGCAAGACCUUACACCUAGAGGCACAGAUGCAUCUGUGUCAGAGACUCUACCCAACAGCAUUGGCUCUAGGCCUAUAACCACCCAUGAGUCAUCUUCACAUUUGGCAGAGGUGAUUCCAGAAGCAAGUGUUCCACAAAUCCUUUGCAAUCAAAUUCUCGUCACCGAAGAAGACAUUAGCAAGCAGGAAAGGAAAGUGAAGGUAGCAAGAGAAAGGCUGGCAGCUGCGUUGAUUGAGCACAGGCUAGCAAAUGAGGCCGAGAAAGCGAGGGCGCCAAGGAGGGCAAACUUCUAAACCAGGAGGGGAGGCUGGGGACAAGAUACUGCAGAUGAAAUGCAGAAUUGUUUUAACACUUCUUUGCAGUGUCUUUUGUUGUUGUUGGUUUUUUGUUUUUUUUUUUUUUUGAGGCCUGGAAACUUUAAACUUGACAAUCUUUAUUAAAAUUCUUCAUGCAGUGCAAAAAAAUAAAUACAAAUGAUAAUUUAUUUCCUUCUCUUACUCUACCCACCUCUUUCUCUAUGUUGAAGAUCAAACUGAACUUCCCACUCAUACCAGGCAAAUGCUCUACCAUAGAACUAUGUCAUCCAGCCA